AUGGAAUCUGAAGAUAUCUUUCAUUCAACCUCCGAGUCAGAGAUUGAGGAGGUCCAUGAUUCUCCUUCAGCCAUUGUGGCUAAGGAACAUGAUCAUCAUAAAGAAGAUGAAACACAAUCUGCUCAAGAUAAUGAUGAUGAUCUUUAUGGUGAUGUCGAGUUUUUGAAGGAAAUUGAUUUUACAGGGAUUAGUGAUGACAUCCCGAAAAAUAUAGAAUUUGAUCUUGAUGAUGAAGAAUUCGUUCCUUUUCCUAGAAUUCCCAGCAGCCGUCCUAAUAAAGUCGAUGAAGUUGCUUCUUUAGCUAACAAGACUAGAGAUGAAGGAAACAAUCUCAAGAUUUUGCUCUCUACUUUAAAGCCCCUGGAGGUUACAUCAAGCCAAGGAGAUAUGACAUCAGAGAUUCCUCCCUCUGGGUCAUCCAUCUCAACUUCUGCUCCAGUCAUUCCUGACUCAACUCAACCUCAGACUUUCAGACUUCCAUGA